AUGCCCAGACACCUGCAUACAGAGUUCCUGCAGACGAACGUCAACCACUGCGCCCGCGCACAGGACCUGCUCAUGCAGGUCCUGGCGGAGUGGAGAAUUGCCGUUGCUGUCGUGGCCGAGCCCUACCUCAUCCCUUCCCAAUCUCACUGGGUCGGGGACACGGAGGGCUCGGUCGGAAUCGUGGCGCCGCCAACGGGCCCGCAACGCCUCUCUCUCAGGGAGAGGGGCGCGGGUUACGUGGCGGCUAACUGGGGAGAAGUAGUGCUCAUCGGGGUCUACUUCUCCCCGAACAGGAGCCUCUCCCAAUUUGAGGGGUUCCUGGAUGGCCUGGAGCUGGUGGUGCGGAGGGCACUGCCAGCUCAUCCUACCGACUGCGCCAUGUCGACAAGGGAGACGUAA